CAGUCUCAAAGUCAUCGAAUUUCAGUUAGUUAGUUCCAACCGUCACUCACCUGAGCUCGGCAACUUCGCCGUGUGAGAGAAUAGCAACGACGUCGUCUGUACAGAAAAUCCCCAAAUUAUGAAAACCCUAGUUUCCCAAUUCUUCAUCACCUAUUCCAAGCCUCAACCUUUUCUCUUCCACUUCCCAAAUCAAAAAAACCAGAGCUUUCUUCACAUUUCCAGAACAAAAUGGCCGGACAGUCCCAGAACCAAUAGGUUCUCCUCCGUCAGAGCUCAUUGGGGUUCGGAAUCGGCGAGCUACGGGGGCUGGGAGGACCUGAGACCCGUCGGCGGCGAGUCGGAUCAGUUUCGUAAGUUUCUGAGUUCUACUGGAAUUGAUGAUAGAAGGCACGUCUUUGUUUUUGUAUUAGGUCUUGUGUGUGCUUUCGCGAUUUCUAGGGUUAGGGUUUCUUCGAUUAUUGUGGUUCCGGCUUCGGUUUUGAUUUUUGGUCUUGGGUUUUCGGUUGGGUUUGUUCGUGGUGGAGGUGUUGGUGAAGUGAGCUUAAGUGGGAAUAAGAGAAGGAGUAAAGAAGAUGAUAACUUAGUUGUUUAUAUUGAGAAAUUGAGGAAUUUGGUGGAGGUUUUUGAUGGGUUUAGAGUUAAAGUUGAUGAUUUGAAGUCUGAUAUACAGAGGGCUAUUGAUUCCAGAGGGAUUACAGUUAGUGAUUUGGAGAAUUAUGUUGAGGAAAUGGGGACUGUUAGUUUAGUGGCCUCGGAUGGCAGGAAGAUUGUUGGGGAGUGUGUUGAAGAUUUGGCUAGGUUCAAUGUUGGGUUUGCGGAGAAUCAAAAGCCAAGUAAGAGAAAGAAAGAGGCUGUUGAAAUCGGAUAUGCAUUGUGGCAGUACAUUGGGGAUUUAUUUAAGGAGAAAUUGGCUGAUCCUAAGCCUAGUAAAGUGAAAAGCAAUGCUAAGCGAGAGAGUGUGGAGAAAGUGGGGGGUGAUCAGCUUAGAGGCAAUGGUUCGAUUCCUAAUAAAGUGGGAAAUAAUGAGAAAGAUAUGGUUUUUUAUUCUGUUGAUGACAGUUUGGGGAUUGCAAAUUUUGGUCAUUCUGAGGAUUCAUUUGAUAGGUCUGCUUUGAAGGAAACUGGAAAUAGAAGAAUCAAACUUGCUUCAUCAAAUCAAAAUAUGGGUUCAGAGGAGGUGAGUUGGGAUCCUAACAGAAUUACAGAGGGCAAAGAGUAUAAUUAUCAGAAAAACAGACUGCAGUUCACGAGCAAUGGUCAUAUCUCUUCGAAGAUGGGCCAUAAGCAUUAUAAGGAAAUGUGUGAAUCCCAUGACAAUCUGCUUGAUUCCGUUGAUUUUAGUGACAGAAUGAAACAUAUGGAAACUAAAGCUUCCUUCGUACAAGAACAAAUGCUUAAGGAAUCUGAUGGGGAUUAUAGGUCUUCUCUUAUCAGGGAAAAUAGUGAAGAUGAGACUUAUGGGCCUCAGAUUAGAGAAGAGAGAGUAAUUCACGAAGAAAAUUUUCCUUUGGAUGAUCAGUUGUCUGGAAAUGAGAGUGAACUCCCCUCCCUUUCAUCUUCAUCAAUUUCAGAGGAUGUAUUGUUUGAUAGGUACGUUACAGAAGCAAAUGAUCUUCUAAAACAAGCCAAGGACUUCAUAAAGGCUACACAUAAUGAAGAGCGUGCAGAGAUCGUAUUGUACAGGUCGGCCAAAUUACUGUCUAAAGCCAUCACUAUGAAGCCCAUGAGUUUGUUGGCGGUGGGCCAAUUAGGCAAUACUUACCUUCUUCACGGAGAAAUGAAGUUAAGGAUUAGUCGACAGUUGAGAAUGCACCUUACAAGAAGUGAUCCCUCAUCGGUUGAGAAAUGGAUUAGAAUGCAAGAUAAAAUCACUAGUAAAGAUGAUAUUGCAUCCGUCCUCAUCACUGUGUGUGAAGAGUGCGAAGAACUUCUUCUGGAAGCAGGCAGAAAGUAUAGACUGGCAUUAUCAAUUGAUGGGAAUGAUGUAAGAGCCCUAUAUAAUUGGGGUCUUGCCCUUACCUUCCGUGCACAGUUGAUUGCAGACAUUGGACCUGGAGCAGCUUUUGAUGCUGAUGAACUGUUUUUGGCUGCAAUUGACAAGUUUGAUGCCAUGAUGUCUAAAGGAAAUGCUUAUGCACCUGAUGCUCUGUUUAGAUGGGGCAUGGCACUACAGCAAAGAUCGCGCCUACGGCCUAGCAAUGGUAAAGAGAAGGUGAAGUUGCUGCAACAAGCAAAGAGGCUGUAUGAAGAUGCACUUAAUAUGGAUUCAAACAAUGUCCAAGUAAGACGAGCCUUAUCAUCAUGCAUGUCUGAGCUUAGCAGUAGGCACCUUUACUUUUAACAAUACCCUAAACUGACCAGUUGCUGCUUCAUCAUACCUCCCUUGUAGUUAUUCCCAGCCUUUACUUUCUCUCUUUUUUCAAAUUUUGUCCCCAUCCAGACCCUAUGUCUGCGAAAUAAGUUGCUGCAGAUAGUGCUUUUUUGAUGAUUUGUAACGAUAUAUAGAAAUAAAAAAUAAGAGAAGAAUGUAGAAGAAGAAGAA